GGAAAGACGAGUCUUGGAGCUAGCAGCAGAAAGCCCAUUCCUCUGCCACGGCUUUGGUGCUUUUCACACCCAGGGACCUGAAGCCAGCGAACGUGUUGAUGACCAGCGAGGGACACCUGAAGAUCUGCGAUUUCGGCCUCGUUGUGGAGAAGAUCAUCGGAGCAGCCAAAACCAAAGGCGUAGUUGGGACCAGAAAAUAUAUGGCCCCCGAGGUUUUUCAGACGAAGAAAUAUGGCGCCUCCGCAGACUGGUGGUCGUUUGGAGUCACUCUGUACCAGAUGCUGGUGGGAAGGGUCCCAGUUACAUCAUCACAGCCCAAGAGGGAGUACCGGGACUGCACCGUUCACAAUGACAUCCCGUACCCAAGCUGGCUGCUAGCAGAUCAGAAAGACAUCCUCAUGAAGCUUCUGCUUAAAGAUCCAGAAUGCCGGCUUGGGACGAAUGGUGAUAUAAGAGUGCAUCCCUUCUUCGGCAUCUUGAACUGGGACCAUUUGGAACAACGCAAAAUCUGGCCCCCAUACCUGCCUCUGGUGAACCCAACUGGAGAUCUUCACCUCAGUUCCCAGGAUAUAUCCUUUUCAUUUGUAGAGGGGGCUAAUUGUAACAAAAACAAAAAAAGUUGGGAUUUGCCUGACCUGUCUUUUGUUAGCCCCAAAUGGAGGGAAUAAACAUCUGAGGUGGGAAUAAAUUCUCUUUUAUUCAGGAUUCAGCUUGAAGAUCUUGCCUGAAAAGUCUCCUGUUGGACGACGACCAGCAGUCCAGGAUGUCACCUCCCUGCUUCAUCUACCACCGCAGCAGAGCUGUCCACCACCACAGCAGAGCGCCUACCUCAACAUUACAGCAACUCCACCUGCUGUCCAC